AUGGCAUAUCUUGCUCCGAUCCAUCGGCCUAGCAGUGUACGGCAUGCCAUAAAAUUAAAUCUGCUGGAUCCAGAGAAGGAAUGUCUUGUUGUUGCAAAGGCGAAUCGAGUUGAAAUAUGGGAGCCUACGACAGAGGGGCUGGUGAUGCGCUAUUCGAAAGCAAUUCAUGGCUCCGUUUCGAUGUUUGCAAAGUUGCGCCCCUCCAAUGCCAUUACGGAUCACCUUUUAAUAGGCACGAUACGGUUUCGAUAUUUUACAGUGGCGUGGAACCCAGAAACUCAGCAGCUCGAUACCAUGCAGUCAUUUGAGGACCUUACAGAGAAGUAUAUCGAAGAGUCCAAUACGCAGGAUCGAUGUCUCGUAGAUCCGACGGGGAACUUCUUCAUGAUGGAACUGUACCAGGGAAUCUUGAGCUUGGGGAAAAUCAAACUCAAAUUUAGGAAGGGAUGGGGAAACGAUGACUAUUUAGAAAAACCGGAACAGGUACGGAUCACAGAGUUGAAGGUUCGAGCGUCAGCCUUUUUAUAUACCGAUUCCAAACAACCGAAGAUAGCGUUGCUUUAUGAGGAGGCGAAGGGAAAGAUGCGAUUGUCCACGUAUAGGAUCGUCGAUGAGAAGAUGCAAUUUUCAGCUUUUGAUCCAGCCAGGGACCGGGAAAACGAUAUUGGCGACCUCGAUAUGGAUGCGAAUAUGCUAAUUCCCGUAUCAAAAGGGCAGAGUGAAGAGCGACGGCAUGUCUCCAGGAAUGCAAGUCAAAAUAGAGCACAAUUGGGAGGAGUUAUUGUGGUAGGGGAGACAAUGAUAUUAUACUUGGAUGAUGAGAGUAAAGCUUCGCUGGCAGUGGGUUUGACAGAAGCUGCUGCGUUUGUCGCGUGGGAACGAUAUGAUGACUUGAAUUUUCUGCUGGCAGAUGACUAUGGCAAGCUUCAUCUACUGACAAUAAUUGCGGAGGGCUCGCUAGUAGUUGAUAUUAAGGUUCGAAAACUUCCGGGUACGACAAGCAGAGCCACGAAAUUGGUGUACAUGGGAGAAGGAGUCCUUUUCGUUGCCUCACAUAGUGGCGACUCGCAGGUCAUUGCUCUUAAUUUAGAGGAAGGCAGCCAGUCGAUCACUGUUCUACAAACCAUGCCGAACGUUGCUCCAGUACUAGACUUUGCUGUUAUGGAUAUGGGAAAUCGCGAAGGAGAGGUUCAAUCAAAUGAAUUUUACUCCGGUCAAGCACGGCUAGUCACUUGCAGCGGAGCUUUUGAAGAUGGCAGUCUACGAAGUGUACGUAGCGGAGUGGGUUUGGAGGAUGUCGGAGUUCUUGCAGACAUGGAAGAUAUACGAGAUGUUUUCUCACUACGCUCCAGUCCGACAGCCGAAGUUGAUGAUAUCCUGGUUGUUUCUUUCCCGACAGAAGCUCGAGUCUUCACAUUUGAUAUUGAGGGGCAAAUCGAGGAAGUGGAAGAGUUCAGAGGUCUGUCCUUGGAUCAACCACUUCUGCUAGUGAUGAACCUCCCGAAUGGGUCGCUUUUACAAGUCACCCCCUCAUCAGUCACAAUCCUUGGACAAGGGCCCUCGUUUGUCACAUCUCAAUGGACACCUCCGGCUGAGCAAGUGAUAACGGCCGCUUCAGCAAACUCUGGUCAUGUUUUACUGUCCUCAGAUGGCACCACAUUAGUGUCCUUGGACAUAGAGAACGGCCUUCAAUGUGUAGCGUCACAGCCAUUGAGUAAUUCAGAACAAGUUGCUUGCAUCAGUGUCUCCUCUGAGAUUCCUAAUGUUGGCGUUGUAGGAUUCUGGAAAUCAGGCUCUCUAUCUAUAUUGAGACUGACAGACUUGCAAAUUAUUCAGUCCGAGGACUUGCGGCGGAUGAACAAUGCCUCCAUUCCGCGGGAUAUAUGUUUGACCCAAAUACUGCCGAGAGAUCAAUACGGACCUACAUUAUUCGUCGCUAUGGAAGACGGUAUCGUCCUGACGUUCAAUGUCGACAGUAGUGAUUGCAAACUUUCCGGAAGAAAAGCAAUUGUACUUGGAACCCAGCAGGCACGACUUCAGACGAUUCCACGAGAAGACGGUCUAUUUAAUGUUUUUGCGACAUGCGAACACCCUAGUUUAAUAUAUGGCUCAGAAGGAAGCGUGGUUUACUCGGCGGUAACAGCUGAGGAUGCUGUCUGCGUGUGUUCAUUUAACGGAGAAGCAUAUCCUGGAUGCAUUGUUGUUGCUACACCUGAGACUCUGAAGAUCUCUUUAAUAGACACAGAAAGACGGACUCACGUCCAAACACUACCAAUUGGAAAGACAGUAAGAAGGAUUGCGUAUUCUACGAACGAAGCAGCGUUCGCGAUUGGAUGUAUACACCGAGAGUUAGUGGAUGGAGAAGAAAGGAUUACUAGUAGUUUGGAACUGGUCGAGGAGGUUCUCCUUGGUAACAUUGGCAAGCCUUUUGUCUUCGAUGGAGACCUCGGACCAGAGCUUGUCGAAUGCGUAGUUCGUGCGGAACUACCAAUUGCUCAUGGAGACGGCACAACCGCAGAGAGAUUUAUCGUAGGUACAAGCUAUUUGGACAGCGAGGUGGCUACGACCAGUGAUCAGCCCAACGCCAGGGGAAGGAUAUUGGUUUUCGCAGUGGACACCAGCAAGAAUCUGUUCAUGGUUCAUAGUCGUGUAUUAAGAGGCGCUUGUAGGAGAGUAGCCGUAUUUGAUGAUGGAAAGAUCGUGGCAGCCCUUGUCAAAACCGUAGUGGUUAUGAAAUACCUCGAAACCACCGCCGUGUCGGCAGAGCUCACAAGCUUAGCAACCUACCGCACUUCAACAUGUCCUAUUGACAUAGACAUAAGCGGCAACAUUAUUGCUGUUGCAGAUAUGAUGAAAUCUGUUUCGCUGAUCGAAUACGUUCCAGGAAAAGAAGGAUUAGACGAUCAACUGACCGAAAUCGCCCGUCACCAUGAAGCUUUCUGGUCGACAGCUGUGUUGCACCUAGAAGAGAACAGGUACUUAGAAACAGACAUGGAUGGCAAUAUCAUCAUCCUUGCUCGAAAUCCAGAAGGAGUAACACUCGAGGACCGCAAGAGACUCGUUGUAACAAGUGAGAUAAAUCUUGGAGAAAUGGUCAACAAAAUCCAGAAAAUCAACGUAGAACCUUCACCAAACGCAUUGGUCGUCCCCAAGGCGUUUUUGGCAACCACUGAAGGUUCCAUCUACCUGUUCUCACUCAUCCCACCUUCACACAUCACGCUCCUCACCAACUUACAAACCAACAUCGCAGCUCAUAUCCAGACGCUCGGAGAUAUCGAUCAUGCUUCUUACCGCGCGUUCAAGAAUCAGGAAAGAGAGACUGCUGAGCCCUUCAGGUUCGUGGAUGGGGAGCUCGUGAUGAGGUUCCUGGAUGUGGGAGAGCUGGUUCAGGAGGAGAUUUGUCAGGGAUUGGGGGUGGGUAGUGAGGAGGUUCGGGGGGUGGUGGAGGAGUUGAGGAGGUUGUGUUAG